AUGCGCCUACUGAGCGAUCGUGACUCCGAGACCACCAGCAUCGUCCUCGUGUUCAUCAGGCCCGCGCCCAUGGUAAGGCCGACUCCCGCAACGUCGAGGCACCCUACCACGGAUGAAUCUACAAUGGUGUCGCCAAACCGCAAAAGACGUUCUAACGAGGCCGCGCAGUCGUCAGCCACGAAACGUCGCCAAUCGAAGAAAGACCCGCCUUCACCCGGGGUACGGGUGAACGUGGCAGAGCGUGUGCGCCUACUGAGCGUUCGUGACUUCCAGACCGCAAGCAUGGUCCGUGUAUUGCACGACAGGUGCCAUGUGUUCCCCCCCAAGACGGAGGCGGAGCCUUUCCAUUUUCAAGACGGGGGUAACUUCAAGCCCAAUGAAGACCAAACGUUGACGUUUUAUGAGUUCUUUGAUGAAACAGAAGAGAAUGUGUAUGUGUGUGAGAACACCACCAGGGGCAUGCUGAGCAUGCUUUUUGAAGGGUGCAAUUGCUCUGUGUUCGCGUGCAGUUCGACUGGCGCCGACAUAGCUUUCGCAUUGCUGGGUUCCGAAGAAUGCCCCGGAGUGGUCUCCCACAUGGCCAGCGAGUUUUACCAGCGCGUGGACAAGCUACGGUCAGAGUGCCAGACAUGGGACGUAGCAGUCGCCUGUCUGGAAGUGUACAACAAGGUUGUUCAAGACCUGCUUUGCCUCGACCCGGCCAAGGGCAUUGCCAUAUUGAACCUCGCCAUAGACAAGGUUAAGGAGGUCGGCACCCUCCUCAAGCUGCUCUUGAAAGGAAACAAGAACCGGUCUCAGCAUACCACCCGCGCUAAUGCUCAGUCUUCUUGGUCGCACACCAUCUUCGAGAACCACGUCACAGUAACGGAGACUGCGACAAACACGAGCAAGGAAACUCGCAUCUCGAUGUGCUCUGCUGACCUUGCCGUCUCGGAGCACGCAGCUGCGGCCAGUAGGGACGCAAAUGAUCAGAUGCGCGAGGGUACCAAGCUCAACCUGUCGCUCCUGGCACUCGGCAACUGCAUCGACCUCUGCUCGAAGAACGGGACGAAGGAAGUACCGUACCAGGACUCCAAGCUGACCCACAUCGUCAAGGACUCGCUGGGUGGCUCGGGCAACGCCCUUGUGAUUGGGACAGCGACGGCGUUGAAGCUCAGCUGCACGCGAACGUACAUCACCCUGGAGUAUGCGCUGAGCGGGCCAUGA